AUGAACUAUUAUGAAUACAAGUUAGAUGGUGAUGAUUUUAAUCAAUAUUAGCAAUUAUUGUAAAUGGUUUAAUAGCUUAGGAAUUAAGUUAAUAAAGAAACUGAUGAAAUUGAGAAAUUAAUCAAUCUAAAAAUUCAAGAAGGCUUAAAAUUAAGAGAAGCGUAUAAGUUAGAAGAAUACCAACAAAUUUACUUUAAUAAUGAUAUUAUAACAUUCGAGAAUCAAUUUAAUAACUUGGCAUCACAUUCACUAAAAAAUAUUCUUUCUACAAAGAAUAAUAAAUUGGAAUAUAUUAAGCCUGAUAUGUUCAAAAUAUUGUAAAUAUCACCAGUAAUCAUGAAAUUAAAGGAGAUAAUAUAAUAAUUUAAUCUGAAUAUUAACGUUAUUAAACCAAUGAUAAUGGGGUAAAAUGCAGUAGUAGUUUAAAAUAAUUAUACAGUGCAACAAAUUUGGAAGCAUUAAACUAUAGCGAAGAGCGGAGAUAAAUUUAAGACUUUUACUUUCAAGAAGAAUUAAGGAUUUGCAGAACCAUUCCUCUGUAAAUCUAGUUUUGAAUUAAAUGGAAUUCUUCAUGCAUAAUUAUUUACAGGAGUCAAUGCUGAUGGUAAACAACUAAAUUGUCAAAAGGAUAUUCAUCGUCUGUAGUUCUCUAUUCAUGAAGGUCUUGAUUUAUCAUCCUAUUAUUACACUUAGGAAAUAUAUUUAGAUCAUUAAAAACUUAAAUAAAUGGAAUAGCCCUAUGAAAUCAUGCUAUAUAAGUCAAUAUUACUCAAAAAAGGUGUCACCUAUACAAUAAGUCUAAAGCCAUUAUCAGAUGAAGGCUUUAGUACAUAUAUGUAUACUGGAAAAUAAGGAGAAAAUUAACAAUUCUUGAAAUUUUUGGAUAAACAGAUUGAUCUAAUUGAUUAGAUUGUUAUUGCUUAAUAAUAAUUUAAUCAAUCUCCAAUUCCUGGGUUUAUAAUUAAUGGAUGA